AUGGCGACGAAGAAAAAGGAAAGUACUAGUGAUGGUGAGGAUGAUUUACUGGCAGAGGCUGAAGCUUUACUAGAUAAACUUCAGCCAAAGAAACCACGAAAGGAUUGCCACUUUGAGUUUCACAUUAAACCUUCAGGGUUAAGAGAAUCAAAGUAUACGUACAGGCCACGUUUUAAAUCGAGUUUGGAUCCGGCUUCCAAUGAUCAUGACCACCAUGAAAGUCUAGAAGAGACUAUAAAAAGAUGUCAAGAGAUUGUAGAUUCUCUCCCAAAAUGCCAUCAGACAUGGGAUGGGAGGAUGAAUUCUUUAAAUGAAAACUGGGAUAACUGUAGGCCCCAAAUAAUGGAAGCUGUUGUUGCUGARGAAGCCACAGAAAAGCAAUUAUGUUGCUUGUGCCUUCAAAAUACAUGCAAGAUAAGGUGCUAUUCAUGCCAUGGUAGGAGGUUUUGCACAGCCUGUGAUUUGAUUGCUCACGAGCAUAAUGCAUUUCAUGAUAGAGAUGUGUUGGUGAAUGGUUUUUUCCAAGCUGUUCCGCCAACGACCUCUGUCAAUGACAAUGGCGAUCUUGUCACAAUAAACAAAAGUCCAUCAUUUUUUAAGCCUUCAUGCUGUUCAUUUUGUACCGAUGUGAAUUUGGAAGAGUGCUUUGAUAGUGAUAGUAACUGCAUUCUCAUCAUUGUAAAUGAGAAAGGACGAUUUGACUUCAAAAAGCCAUCUUUUCGAUGUAGAAAUUGUGGAAAGGAUACCUUGUCACUAUCUUUUUCUACAAUAAUCCAUUGUGGAUAUUGGCCUGGAAGUCCAAAUGAUCCCAACUAUCUUUUCCACCAAGAUCUAUUCUUUCUUUGGGACUCUUUACAAAAGAGAAUGCCUGGCACCUCAGAAUCAUCUUUUAUCAAAGGCUUAGAAGAUUUUUCCUUUUCAAAAGCAAGGGCACCAAGUAUCAACUCCACAACUUUUACUCGCUCGUUUCGGAAGUGGAAAUUUUGCCAGCAUGAGUUGUCAUUGUUACAGAAACUUGACUGGAUGAAAUGCCCUCCUUGUGCAGUCAACCAGYAUUCAUGCCAUGUGGAUGGCAACAUGAAGCUCUACCACUAUAAAAGAUCUGGAAGGACAAGAACGAUAAUACCUGUGAUAAUAUGGGGAGGACGUUGGCAAAAUGGAAGUGCAUGGACAACUGGAGAAGAAGUGGWACAAAUCAAUUCAUACAUGUCACGAUGUGGAAAUACAACGAAGUAUAUGCUCCCUGAAUGUCGUGAUGAGCUUCUCACAGAACAUGCUUUGACAUGGAACAGAAGGAAAAUCUUUAAAAUGGUCGAUAGCUUAUACCAACGAUAUGUGCGAGCUGUAAAAAUGAAAUCAGAGUCAUCAAAUGCUCUGCACAAGGCUCUCCAAGAGGUUGAUUUUGACGUGCAACAGACACAAAUAGACACUUGGAAAAAUGAAGUCAUUCAGAAUGCUAAAGAAACGCAAAUGAUCCAUAACUAUAGUGAAAGAAAAGAGUUGGCAUCGUUCGAAAGACAAAUAGAAAUGACACAUUUCUCCAUUGUACAAACGACUAUGUCGAUUGGGAAACUUGCAGCAACAUCCAAACAACGCACCCGUUUACGCAAGAACAUGCUUAACCAUAAAAGCAAACUUAAAAGUCUCGUAGACGAAUACAACACAUUGGUCGACGAGAAGAAGAUUGGCAGUCAAGUGGCUUUGGAAGAUGUGGAAAAGGGAAAUUUUACAUGGGACUCAUCCUUGGGUGAGACACCUAUUAGAGUGAAAGCUCGAUUAGUGRAUCUUUCAGARCGCAGUCAGAGAUGGGAUGAAGAAAUACAGCUUUUACUGUUGGAAAUGAGAAAUUUUCUUUCAUUCUAUACAGACAAUAAGGUCCCACAAGUAAUGAAAGAAAUAGCACAACUACGAGAAAAAUGUGGAUGAGUCACCUGGAGAUGACUGGCAAGACUGCCGAUGAGAAGAGGGACUUGGGGCUGACUUGGCAGUUCUGGUGAAGCAUUCGCGGAAAACUGCCG